CGAGGGUGGUGAGUGGCAGGCGCGAGAGAGCUCGAGCUGAACAGCAGUUAACGAUCGGGACCCGCGCAAAGGGAAGGGAAAAGGGGAAGACAGAGUGGAGUCUUGGGAUCACUUCAGCCAGCGGUAUAAAGUAAUCAGAAACGAGCCACUAUUGUGUGCAGGUAUCUCUCACCUACCAGGGUAGAGCUCAGCGACAGCGGGCAACUCUCUCCGGAAACAUCCAGCCUGACAGGGAUUUGCCUCUCGUCCCGUUUCCUCAGUCGGUUGCAGGAUGCCGUUGGCACAGUUAGCUGGUCCUUGGCCCAAAGUGGACCUGGUUCACCUAGAGACCGAGAAUGGGCAUGGAACUUCAGAAGAAACAACAGACCCUCCAGUGCAGGCAAAAUCAGAAAUCACAUGGAUAGAGAAGGACUUUGUCUCCUUAAAAUGUAAGGACGAAGGAAAUGUAAAAGAGAUCAACAUCACACAUCACGUGAAAGAGGGGUCAGAGAAAGCAGAUCCAUCUCACUUUGAGUUGUUGAAAGUACUUGGUCAGGGAUCCUUUGGAAAGGUGUUUCUGGUGAGAAAGAUCAAAGCACCUGAUGCAGGUCAGCUCUAUGCUAUGAAGGUUCUGAAAAAAGCAACAUUGAAAGUUCGGGAUCGUGUCCGGACUAAAUUGGAACGAGACAUCUUGGUGGAUGUAAAUCAUCCAUUCAUAGUGAAGCUGCAUUAUGCUUUUCAGACUGAAGGAAAACUGUACCUUAUCUUGGACUUCCUUAGAGGAGGUGAUCUUUUCACCCGACUAUCUAAAGAGGUAAUGUUCACAGAAGAGGAUGUUAAGAUAUAUUUGGCAGAGUUGGCUUUAGCCUUGGACCAUCUUCACAGUUUUGGAAUCAUCUACAGAGACCUGAAACCAGAAAAUAUUCUACUGGAUGAAGAAGGGCACAUUAAGUUAACUGACUUUGGACUGAGCAAGGAAGCUGUUGACCAUGAGAAGAAGGCCUAUUCAUUUUGUGGAACUGUUGAGUAUAUGGCUCCUGAGGUGGUUAAUCGACGUGGCCAUACACUUAGUGCUGACUGGUGGUCUUAUGGUGUUUUAAUGUUUGAGAUGUUGACUGGUUCCCUGCCAUUCCAAGGGAAGGAUAGAAAAGAGACGAUGACACUCAUUUUAAAGGCUAAAUUGGGAAUGCCUCAAUUCUUGAGUCCUGAAGCCCAAAGUUUGUUACGAGCACUUUUCAAGAGAAAUCCUGCCAACAGACUAGGAGCUGGCGUGGAUGGUGUAGAGGAAAUCAAGCGUCAACCAUUCUUCACAAACAUAGAUUGGAAUAAACUCUACCGAAGGGAACUGAAGCCACCAUUCAAACCAGCUGUGGCCAGGCCAGAUGAUACCUUUUAUUUUGACCCUGAGUUUACAGAACGGACACCUAAAGAUUCUCCUGGUGUUCCUCCAAGUGCCAGUGCUCACAAGUUAUUCCGAGGAUUCAGUUUUGUGGCAACAGGAAUUGAAGAGGAGGCGAUUAAGGCUGAACAUUCCAAAAUGGUCAUUCACCCUGUGUUGCAGCAGCUUCAUGGGAACAAUAUGAACUUUACUGAUGGUUAUGAGCUAAAGGAGGAUAUUGGUGUAGGCUCAUAUUCUGUCUGUAAACGCUGCAUUCACAAGACCACAAACAUGGAGUACGCUGUCAAGAUUAUUGAAAAGAGCAAGAGAGAUCCCUCUGAAGAGGUUGAAAUCCUGUUGCGGUAUGGGCAGCAUCCAAACAUCAUUACACUGAAAGAUGUCUACAAUGAUAGUAAAUACAUCUACCUGGUGACGGAGCUAAUGAGAGGUGGUGAAUUACUGGACAAAAUACUGCAGAAAGGUUUCUCUGAGAGGGAGGCAAGUGCUCUUCUUCAUACAAUUGCCAAAACAGUGGAAUAUCUACAUUCUCAAGGGGUUGUUCACAGAGAUCUGAAACCAAGCAAUAUCUUGUAUGUAGAUGAGUCAAGUAACCCUGAGUCGAUCCGAAUCUGUGACUUUGGUUUUGCUAAACAGCUGAGGGCGGACAAUGGACUCUUAAUGACUCCCUGCUAUACAGCCAAUUUUGUUGCUCCAGAGGUUCUCAAACGUCAAGGAUAUGAUGAAGGCUGUGAUAUAUGGAGUCUGGGUGUUUUACUUUACACCAUGUUGGCCGGAUAUACCCCUUUUGCUAAUGGUCCCGAUGACACGCCAAGUGAGAUUCUGGCUCGGAUUGGAAGCGGACACUAUACUCUCCAGGGUGGAAACUGGGACAAGGCCUCUUCUGCUGCAAAGGAACUUGUCUCCAAGAUGUUGCAUGUUGAUCCACACCAACGUUUAACAGCAAAGCAAGUUUUGAAACAUCAGUGGAUUGUAAACAGAGAUCAGCUUCCACAAAGCCAGCUGACCCGCCAGGAUGUCCACCUUAUUAAGGGAGCAAUGGCAGCCACCUUCUCAGCCUUGAACAGCUCCCCGCCAGCACCAAAACUGGAAUCUGUGAAGGCAUCAACUUUAGCUCAACGCAGAGAACUUAAAAAGCUGCCGUCCACCUCUCUGUAACUCAGCAUCUGUUUGUGGCUUAUCACAGGCAGUGCAAAAUCCAGGGAAGCCCAAGUUAUGUGCACAGUCACAGAGACUGUUCUUCCCUCAAGACGUGGCAGUUAGUUGGCUGUUGAAUCUUUGGGAUAAUAUUGCAGUUCUUGAGAGAUAAAAAUAAGGAAAAUGAACUAAGGGAAAAUUGCUUUUUAUCAUGUUAAAUAGCUUUUACCGUACAAUUCUGCUGUAGUAACUUCACUUUGCCAGACUUGUUUUCAGUGGAGAGUAUCUUGCAGCAACCAAACAACUCUGAAUUCUGUUUAAGGGUAUUUCCUAAUCUUUUAAAUUUUACUUUUAAGUACCUGUAAAAAAAACAAUACUUUGUUUUUUGAACUACAGUUGUAAGCACAGUCUGAGUACAAAUUGUAUUUGAAUCAUGAAGAGCAAAAUUUUGUGGAAUUACAGAACUAAUCAGAUCAAAGGCCCAGGUUGAAGUUAGGCUGCAAGAAUUUUGAAGAUUCGAAAUGUCUGAUUAUAUGUUAAAGCUCACUGUUGUUCAUGCUAUUUGGCGAAUAAGAGAAUUUGGAGAAUACUACCUUUCCCUUUCAUGUAUUUAGAUUUAUUGAAUCAUAGUUCAUUUUUCUUGCAGUACUAUGCUGUAAAGAUUUCAAUCAGACGCUGAGUAUAUCACUGUUUAAAGAUGUGCUCAGUGAUGCUUCAAU